GGUUUGUUUUGAUCAGUGAUUGUUGAUGUUUGGCUUUUUUCAUUCACUUCCUGUUUCUAACGUUUCUUGCGCACGCGCACGCUGCACGGCCACGCGGACGCUGGAAACGUCAGUCGUCGCUGAAGCGCCCCUGAGCCAAUCAGAAGCGUCCAGGUCAGAGGAGGAGAAGAUGGCGGCUGCAGCAUCGAGGAGCGGGAGGAACGGGCUGCUGGAGAAGUGGAGGAUCGAUGAGAAACCAGUAAAGAUCGAUAAAUGGGACGGAGCAGCUGUGAAGAAUUCUCUGGACGACGCUGCCAAGAAGGUGUUGUUGGAGAAGUUCGGUUACGUGGAGAACUUCCAGCUGGUGGAUGGGCGUCUGAUGAUCUGCACCGUUUCCUGUUUGUUUGCCAUGUUGGCGCUGGUGUGGGAUUAUUUACACCCGUUCCCUGAGUCCAGACCCGUGUUAGCCUGCUGCGUCAUCUCGUACUUCAUCAUGAUGGCCGUCCUUACUGUCUACACGUCGUAUAAAGAGAAGAACAUUUUCCUGGUGGCUCUGAACAGAGAUCCAACUGGAAUGGAUCCAGAUCACAUGUGGCAGCUCUCCUCCUCCCUCAAACGGUUUGAUGACCAGUACACGCUCAGAGUUUCCUUCACAGACGGGAAGUCGAAGAACUCGAGGGAAACGGAGUUCACCAGGUCGGUGUCGGCAUUCUUCGACAUCAACGGAACGCUGGUGAUGGACCAGUUUGAAAAGUCUGUUUCCAAACUGCACGACACGCUCGCCAUGGACAAGAAAACAAAAUAAAUCAGCACAACGUCGUCGGAGGAAGGUGUGAGAGGCUCCUCAGUUUAUUGGUUCUCAUCUCGUUAAAAUCUGCUGUACUCAAAGAGUCUGUGAUGCCACAUGUGGUUGUUCGUAACCUUAGUAACUGUGUGUCAUCGGGUAAAAACAUUUUGUGAUUCUUCAGAAAUCGUGUCUCAUUGUUUCGUGUCUAAAGCUGCGAGUUGUUCAGCUUCUUGUUCUGAUUCGUUGGCUCUGACGAGAACCUCUGAACACAUCAUUUCAUUAUGUGGUGGUUCACUAAAGGUUAAACGUGAUAAUGUGUUUUUAAUUUCACCCAGAAAGCGUAGAGAAGAAAAAACAGGAUUAUGAAACGUCUGGAAUCGAUACUUAUGCUUUGAAAGUUUGAUGCAGCUUCCUGUGUCUGUGCAGGUUGAUUUGUUUCGUUUUUUCAGAUAUAUAGUGAAAACAAAUAAAGUUCCUGAAUCAUU